AUGACUCGGUACAAAGAUAAGAUCACAGGACUGCUGCAGGAGUUUGAGCAACGGUUUCAGAUUUUUGAAAGAGGAAGAAGAGAAAAAAACGCCAAGAUAAAGUACUUUGGAGGCCCAGAAUCAGCCCAGUGCCAGUCCACAUCAGGCUCAACUGUGGGAAAUGCAUCAGGUCCAUCCCCAUCCUCUACAGAGCCUUGUCUCGCACCCCCAUCCUCUGUGCCCACUGUCCCCUCAGGCUAUGUGUCUGUAACCACAGCUGAUUUACCUGCGACUUCCACCACAACGUCCGCUUGGCACCAUGGAUCAUCAUCAGCUCUGCCAGUUGAUCCAGCUGAGUGGCCUUCUUUCCUCUCAGAUUUAGACAGGACUGAGCAGGCAAUCAGAGGGCCACUGCCUAUUCAGGAGAACUUUUCAUUCCCCAAAAGGCAUGAUGGCCGAAGUUUCCAUUAUCACUAUAUCUAUAGACAGUUAGACAAUGGGGAAAAAGUAAAGCGGAGCUGGCUGACUUAUUCAAGAAGUAAAGACGCAGUCUAUUGCUUUUGCUGUAAAUUAUUUUCAAAGAAGUCCUUAACACUGGCAACUGAGGGACAGUGGGAUUGGGUCAACAUUGGUGCACUGCUAAAACAGCAUGAGAAUGGUGAAGAUCAUUGCAGCAACAUGGUGAAAUGGAAGGAAUUUGUCUUGCGUCUGUCAAAAGGGAAAACUAUUGAUGACACAGAAAUGGGCCUCCUUGAGGCAGAAAAGAAUCGCUGGAGAGAUGUUCUCACACGCUUAAUCAGUAUUAUCCAGUCACUAGCAGAAAGGAACCUGGCACUGAGGGGAUCUGUUGACACAUUACAUCAGGCCAACAAUGGGAACUUUCUAAAAGAAGUGGAACUGAUAGCUAAAUUUGAUCCUGUAUUGAGAGAUCACGUGAGACGCAUCGACAGUGGAGCAGAACAUAUCACAUACUUGGGGAAAACGAUUCAAAAUGAGUUGAUAACCUGUGUUAGUGAUAAAAUAGUGGAGACAAUGGUGUCUGAAAUAUAAGAUUCAAAAUACUAUGCCAUAAUACUGGAUUGCACCCCAGAUUCAAGAUUCAAGAUUCAAGAAAACUUUAUUUAUCCCGAGGGAAAUUGUCGUGCAACAGUAGUAAAACAAAGUGAGAAAGGAAUACAAAAGUAAUAAAUAAUGGUAAAGUAAUAAAUAAACAAGUUACUAAGUACACAGAAUGCUGAAUGAUGAUGUAAGUCAUCAAGAACAGACGUCUGUUGUUGUGCGCACUGUAAAUCUUGGAAAAACACCAGAGAUAAAGGAGCACUUCUUGGGGUUUUCUCCUAACUCCUGACUCUACUGGUCAAGGCCUAUCUGAACUAAUUCUUCAGAGGCUGGAAGAAUUGAACAUCCCCUUUGACGACUGUAGGGGACAGUCUUAUGACAAUGGUGCAAACAUGAAAGGUGCAAAUAAAGGCGUGCAGGCAAGGCUUUCAAAAAAAAAUCCACGUGCUUUUUAUGUGCCUUGUGGAGCCCAUAGCCUAAAUCUAGUGGUCUCUGAUGCUGCUAAAGUGUCCAUGGAUGCCACUUGCUUCUUUGGAAAUCUGGAAAAAAUAUACAAAGUCUUCUCAGGUUCCCCUCAAAGGUGGACCAUCUUGAAGAAGCAUGUAAACAACACAGUCAAGUCUUGGAGUGAAACACGAUGGGAAAGCCAGGUUAAAAGUAUCGAACCUUUACGCUACCAAGCAGAAAAGGUGAGACAGGCUUUGUUAGAAGUUAGGGAAAAAACUACUGACCCCACAGUAAAAGUUGAGACCCACUCGCUUGCUGAAGAAAUCGGGUCAUUCAGAUUUCAAAUUUGCUGUGUGGUUUGGUAUGACAUUCUCUCCCAGAUUAACACCACAAGCAAACUACUUCAGUCAGCCAACAUGCAGUUUGAUGUUGCAGUGGGGCUCAUUCAGAAAAACAAAGAACAUUUAAUCGGUUACAGGGCAACCGGUUUUAAAGAUGCACAGGUCUCUGCAAAAGAGACAUGUGAACAAUUGAACACUGAAGCAGUGAUCAAACAGAAGAGGUUGCGAACCACAAAAAGGCACUUUGCCUAUGAGAUGCCUGAUGAGCCACAAUCUGAUGUGAUGAAGAGGCUGGAAGUAUCCUUCUUCAUUGCUGUGGUAGACUGUACCAUCCAGUCUUUGGAGGACCGCUUUCAGAGGCAUGUUUGGAGUGCUUUCCAACUUUGGCCAGCUUGAUCCACAGACAAGAAAGGAUCAGUGUAAACUUCUCAGAGACAAACUCACCUUUGGAGAACAGUCUGAUAUUGAUGGGAACGCACUGGCCACAGAGAUGGAGAACCUUCCAGAUCUCCCUAAAGCACAGAUGAGCCCAUUUGAACUGCUCACCUACUUCUCUCAAAAUGAGAUCUGUGAGUUGUACCCAAAUCUAUGGGUAGCUCUACGGAUAGCAUGCACUCUCCCUGUGACUGUAGCAUCUGCAGAGCGGAGCUUUUCCAAGCUCAAAUUAAUAAAGAACUACUUGAGAUCUUCCAUCGCACAAGAAAGACUGAGUGGACCGGCAGUGAUUAGUAUUAACAACAAAGUUGGCCAUCAGAUUUCUUACGGUGAAGCCAGGAAGCACAGGUUUUAAGGAGUGGGUGGAGUAUUGAGGAAGAACAGAGUAACACCAAAGUUACAUUUUAAGACCUAAUUAUUCAACUUUAUAUUUGUUCUUUUUAGAACCAUUUUUGUUACCUGGUUUCAGGUAACUCUGUUCAUUUACAUCAUUAUUGAAGUAUCUGCUUGACAUUUUAAUUCUGUCUGUUUUUGUACUGAAUUGAAUUUAUUUUUAUAUAUCUAAGGGAUUUUAUUUUUUGUUAUUGCACUUUAUUGUUGUUCUUGCACUAGAAAUUUUUGCACAUUGCUGUUGCAGUUUUUGAAACCAGAUGACACAGUAACACAAUGCUUCAUCACUUGAAAUGUUGUGAAAAUCAACCCCAGGCCGCUCUUGAAGCUGAAUGUGCUACAUUUUGAGAUUAAAAACCAUAUGUGGCACCCUGAACACCAUUCAUCAGUCAUUCAUUGGUAUUAUUUGUAUUGUUGGAUUGGUAUUAUUUAUGUUAUUACCUAGGCCACCCCCUUAAAUGUGUAAGACAUGUCAGGCGCAAUAAGUUUAUACUGUAGUAGGUGUGUGAAUGAUCAACAAUCAAUAUUAUUGGCAGAAAUACGGGGCCCCAAGAUCUGAUUUUGCUCAGGGCCCCAUGGAGG